CUUUCCAGUGAUUUCGUCGUGCUCGGUAUAUCCUGCCACGAAUUGAGCUAGGCCUUUUCAGCAUGGUUGGUAUACACUAUUUUACCAUGGCCAUUGCGGCCUUGAUUGUCCAGGUUUCUGCUCAGAAUUGUGCGACUAUCAAUCCUGCGAAUCCAGCGACUUUCGCAUCCGGGUACUCUGGCAAGGUCCUUAUGAAUGGGCUUCGGCAGCCCCGUGGUCUCAUCUUCGACAACGAAGGCAAUAUUCUGACUACCGAACAAGGUGGCUAUGGAGUUCGAUAUAUCAAAUUGACGGACGGUGGAGGAACAGACGUCUGUGUGGCUUCCAACAAGCAAUUAAUCGCUGAUUCACAGAUCAAUCACGGAAUUGCUCUCACUCCCGAUGGAAAGACUCUUUUCGUAUCCUCCCUUACGACCGUCUGGUCGUGGACCUACGAUGGGGCAACCGGUACUGUAUCCAAUAAGAAGACCGUCAUUCAAAACAUGCGCAAUGGAGGGUUCCAUCUUUCGAGGACAUUACUUGUUCCGAAGGCCAACCCGGACGUUCUCUUGGUUCAAAGAGGUUCUCAAGAUAACAUCGACACUGCAGCGGCCCAGGAGAGCACUGCGAGAAGCAUGAUCAAGAUCUUCAAGAUCAGUGAAAUUCAGAACGCACCGGUUGAUUAUGACAAAGGGCAAACACUCGCUUGGGGCUUGAGGAACACUGUUGGCUUUGGAGAGCAUCCUGAUGGUGGCAUCUGGUCAGUCGACAAUGGAGUGGACGAUAUGCAACGAGAUGGUCGGGAUAUCCACCAUACGAAUCCCUGUGAGGAGAUGAAUUAUCACGGUCGAAUCAACGAUGCAGCUUCUCCCGAACGUGGUGCCCACCAUGGCUAUCCGGAAUGCCACGCUGUCUGGGAUACAUCUGUGAUUCCCAACGCAGCACAGUUGAACCUCCAGGUCGGCACACCCUUCGCCCACGGUGUCAACAGUGGCGAUGCGACCUGUCGAACUCGACAGGCGCCCAAGCUGUGCUUCCCCGCGCACACUGCCCCGUUGGAUAUCAAGUUCCAUUCAAACGGAACCGCCGCAUAUAUUCCAUUCCAUGGAUCUUGGAACAAAUCACCGCCAGAUGGCUACCGCAUCUCCCGCGUGGAAUUCAAUGCCGGAACUGGCCAGCCAAUUGAGCCGUCCACUUCCACGACGGCGGCAACCAACAUCAUGUAUAAUGCGAACAAUGCCCAAUGCCCCAAUCGCUGUUUCAGGCCUACGAACGUAGCAUUUGGGCCAAAGGGCCAGCUGUUCAUGACCAGUGAUACCACGAAUGAGAUUUGGGUCAUUGCAGGUGGUUUCGAGUAGAUCCGUUGCUUCAUGUAUUUUGAGUACAUAUAUGUACGUGCGAAGAUGAUUUACUGUAGUAGAAAGCUCCUCACAUCU